AUGGGGGCAGCGGGGUCGAAACUGGAGAAGGCACUCGGAGACCAAUUCCCUGAAGGAGAGCGAUACUUUGGCCUCGAGAAUUUCGGCAACACUUGCUAUUGCAACAGCGUUCUUCAGACUCUUUAUUUCUGCGUUCCAUUCCGUGAGCAGUUGCUAGAAUAUUAUUCAAAUAACAAAAGUCCUGCUGAUGUGGAUGAAAAUCUCUUGACUUGCCUAGCAGAUUUAUUUUCACAGAUAAGCUCGCAAAAGAGAAAAACUGGUGUUAUUGCUCCUAAGCGGUUUGUACAGAGAUUGAGGAAGCAAAAUGAAAUUUUUCGUAGCUAUAUGCACCAGGAUGCUCAUGAAUUUCUCAACUAUCUGUUGAAUGAACUGGUUGACAUACUGGAGAAGGAUGCUCAUACUUCUAAGAGUAAUCAAGAAUCUUCAUCUCCAUCGGAAAAGAUUGAUAAUGGACCAAAUGAGAUGUCUGUCAAUGGUCCUCAGAAUGAGCUUAUAGUCACUUGGGUGCAUAAAAAUUUCCAGGGUAUUUUGACAAAUGAAACGAGGUGCUUACGCUGUGAGACGGUGACAGCAAGGGACGAAACAUUUCUUGAUUUGAGUCUUGAUAUUGAGCAAAACAGUUCGAUUACAAGCUGUCUGAAAAAUUUCAGUUCAACUGAGACUUUAAAUGCAGAAGACAAAUUUUUCUGCGACGAGUGUUGCAGUUUACAGGAGGCACAGAAGAGAAUGAAGAUUAAAAAGCCACCUCACAUCCUGGUCAUUCAUUUGAAGAGAUUUAAGUUCAUUGAACAAAUGGGCCGGUAUAAAAAGCUGUCUUACCGUGUCGUCUUCCCACACGAGCUAAGGCUAAGCAAUACAGUUGAGGAUGCAGAUGCUGAAUAUUCCUUGUUUGCUGUGGUAGUUCAUGUAGGGAGCGGUCCGAACCAUGGACACUAUGUCAGCCUCGUGAAAAGUCACAACCAUUGGUUAUUUUUUGACGACGAGAAUGUGGAGACGAUUGAGGAGUCCGCUGUUCAGACUUUCUUUGGUGCAGCGCAGGAGUAUUCUAGUAACACAGAUCAUGGCUACAUUUUGUUCUACGAGAGACUUGUUUGCUCAUAG